AUGCGGGCGUCUCCGGCGAAUGUUCCGAACUCUGGCGGCGUGCAGUUUGUUCCGGCGACUGGUUGGAGCUCCGGUAGAUCUUCGGUUACGACUCCGGUGAGUUACGAGUCAAACGAGGUGUGUGGGUUUAACCGAAAGGUUACAAAAAUAUUCGAAACGAAUAUGGAGGUACACACACACAAUUAUGUAGAGAGAGACUUGAGUGAAAAGGGGAGCCGGCCAACAGUUUUCCGGCGAAUCCCUACGGUUCCAGCGACGAACCGCGGUGACGAUUCGCGGUUAACAGUUUUCCGACGAAUCCCUACGGUUCUAGCGACGAUCUGCGGUGACGACACGCUGUUUAAUUACUGCAACCGGCUUCAAAUCUGCAGAGGGGGGGAGAGGCGGCAUAGUUACGUACAUUGUUAUGGUCGAAGCGAUACAAUACAGGGGAGAAAGAUGUCAAGCCGGUGGUGUGCGUCGCGGAAUCUGGAAAAGGGACAAACGGAGGCGGUGGAGAAGGAGGGGAAUAACGGAAAUGUAUGUCCGCCAGCAUUCUUUUUAAGGAUUGGUGAUGUUGGAGUUCGGUUUCCAGCGGCAAAGGUGUUUUCUGAUGACUCCAAAGUCCUAACUUGCAUUCAGGUGAGUUUGGUUUACCUGUUUUGACAGUUCUGUUAUCCAGUCAUAUUUGGUAUUCAUUUUUGUUGUUAUCAAGCUUUAAAGUGUCUGUUUAAGGCGGUGGUUGGCGUUUUCUAGACUCUGGUGGUGUUUGGUAACGGUAAUUCUUCGUUUGAAGCUAUCGGAAACUCUCAACUCGAAUCUGAGACUGUUUCGGGUCUUAUUUUUGGUCAAACGGCUCAACACCAAUUAGGAGCAGUCGGUAGGAGCAUACAAGUUGGUUGCGACUUAUGAGUGGGAAGGUAUAGGCACACACACACUCGAACUAUUUAGUUAUUUUGUAUUAAUUAUUGUAGAUGAUUAUUAUGUACACAUGUCGGUCCAAAUGAACCUAAAAGACAGAAGAACCUGUUCAUAAAUACACUUUGUUUUCACUUUGUGGUAGUUAUUUUUUCUUGACAGUUGGUUAGAAGGUUAUUUAAGGGAUUUGACAGAAUAGUGUUAGUUGUCAUUUGCGAGGUUGUUAGUCGUCAUCGCCACCACUUUUUCUGUCUUUUGUCCAAUGGCUGAUCGUCAGCCAAAGAAUUCUACAUCUCCAUUACUGGCAAGUUACUAGCAUUAACAUUGUUUUCUUUUCAAAUUUAGUUCAUGCAUUUCGUCCAAGAGUUGGUGUUCACUUUAUAGAAACAGACGUGCAUGCUGUCGUAUAGUAAUCAAAGCCUCUUUGAUUCACACGUUUUGUCGAACACAUGGUGUGCACUAUUAAAAGAGUUAUAUGUUUUCUUUUUAAUUAGUCACAUUCCAAAUUUAUCAUCUGCUGAAAGAAUUAGAUUUCGACGAACAAGGGUUGAUGUAAAUUUGAAAAAUGAUGGGGGCAGAACUACUCUUCACUAUGCUACUAGCAAGGGUUGGGUGAGAGCUAAAAUUUUGCUGUCUAAUGGAGCAAAGAUCGAGGCAAAGGACAAGAUUGGCAACACACGGAGUCGUUGGAUAAUUGUUUCUACAAAAGUUGCAAUGCUGCAAUGGUACAUGUAAGUGUUGAGAUUGGACCAGCAAAGUUCUUGCAUAAGCUUAUUAUCUAGGAAAGGAUGCAAAGGAGACGUCUCCUUGCGAAUCUCCUAGCCCGCGCCGCAACGCGGGCGGGUCUAUCUUCUAGUUUGUUUUUAAAAAGGAACUGUGAUUUGUGUAAUAUAUAGAAGAUAUAGGAGAUGAAUUCUUGCACUUUGGUC